UGUAAACUCUAUAUCUUGAAUCGGUGACAAAAAAAACCCCAAAUCAAACAGAACAUCGUCUGGCGGCCUUUGUCAGACAGCAGAUAACGAGGAGUCAGAUGUACUUUACACACCAAGGAGCAGAUCAAAAUACACUUGUACGAGCCUGUUUGCUGCAGAUGAGACGCAUAGCGAGAUAACAUUAUUGGGUUGUUGAGAGUGUAGGUCGGUUGCUGUCCAAUACAAACCCGCCGGGGCGUUACAGGUCAUGUGACCUGGUAUCAACUCUCACGUGAUCACAGUUGAUCUUCUGGAGGAGUUACGCUACGACUUACAAACCACUGGUGAUGUCUGACAAGGCUCUCCCCGCCCAUGGGAAGUACGGCCCUUUAAGCAGGAGAAACCCUGUGUACCGGAAGCUGCGCGAAGUGCAUGACCUUGCGCAAGAGAAGAAUAUCGAUGAAAACAUCACAAAGGAGCUCGGGGAGGCAAUAGGAAUAGCUGAACGCCGAGAGCUGUACAUCGACAAGCACUGUUCCCUGGAGAGCGAUACGUUGCGGGAAAUUCGAAUGUUUACAGAGCAAAAGGACUGGGCAGAACCUGAGAAGCUUGGCCAAUGCAAGAGGUUGGCAGCAGGGAUGAUGACGGGGAAGGUGGAAGGCGAAUUCCUCAAGUUCCUGGUCAGCAUGCAACAGGCUAAGCGCAUCCUUGAUGUUGGCAUGUUUACCGGGUACAGCGCCCUGGCAAUGGCGGAAGCUAUUCCACCCGAGGGCGUGGUGAUCACGUGCGACACAGAGCAGUACCUGGAGGAGAUCAACCGCAAGAAGUUCGACGAAUCUCCUCAUGGGACGAAGAUAGACAUCAGAAUUGGUCAUGCCAAGAACACAAUGCUGAGUCUGGCUGAUGAGGGACAAAAGUUUGAUUUCAUCUUCGUGGACGCAGACAAAGAUUCGUACGUUGACUACUACAACGUUAUAAUGGAUCAAGGUUUACUGGCUGCAAAUGGCACGGUCGCUUUUGACAACGCUUUUCGCGGAGGGAGUUCCUAUUUGACUGAAAGUAGCCCAACCGACGCCCUGAACAGACAAGUUGAAAAGGAUCCGAGGGUUAGGAGGAUCCUGGUGCCCAUCCGUGACGGCGUGCUGCUGAUCCGCCGGACCGAGGAGACCCUGGUCUAGAAGACGACGCUGUUUCCCAAUAAGGGAACAAAGAUCAGCACUUAUUAUUAUGCUUCAUAUUGUUGGAAAUAAUAUUAUGCUUCAUAUUGUUGGAAAUAAUAUUACGUUUCAUAUUGUUGGAAAAUUAAAAUAAAUAUUCUGCCAAUAAAA